AUGACUGAGCUCGAGCUCUCCUCUCAGGCGGACCAGGCAGGCAGCGCCAACAGGCGGCUGGGCGACGCCAGUCAGCCGACACUAGGUGACACCAACAGAGGAGAGGAAGUGCCUGGACCGCUAUGUGUACUGGAAAGCGGUGCCCAUGGUGCUGGGAGCAGCGAUGCUAGUGGCGCUAGUCUGAGAGGCCCUUUUCUCUCUCACCUAGGCGGCGCCCCUAGCGUGCCAAAUGUCAUCAGCUGGCUGGAGACGGGUGUGAGGACCACGGGUGACGACGGUUUCAUCGGGCUUGGAGUAGACCCGGGCAGUGGCAAUGGUAGUAUGCAAGCCCCAUGUGCAGGAGGCGACGCCGAUAAGAAGAAAGGCAACACCCUUAAGGGCAACGACGCCAGACAGAAGGGGGGCGAUGCCUUAGGCAUGCUGUGCGAGGUCAAGACGAUGGACGCUGAUCUUGGGCCAGGCCUGAGACGUCUCAAGCCACGUGGAUGGCGUAGAGGACGUGCCUGGCAGUCCCCAGGCUUUGGCGGCGCUAGUGCAAACAGUCAUAGGGUUCUGGACGGUGACUCUGGCAAGCGAAGCUCGAGUGGUAGACUGUUAGGUGCCCUUAGGGGGAAUCAAGUAGGCAUGUUGAGAAGCCAAAGCAACGUCAUUGGCUUUGCCACGGAGGGGGAGCGCGAUAUCUUUCCCCAAGGCGCCCACUCUGACAAGGACAUAAUGAAGGAAGCUACCCUAGGCAUCCAACGAGGCAAGGGGAUCGCUAGAGAUGACGGCUCGAAGGUAACUUCCAUAUUCAGUACCAUUGACUGCGAUGAUGAUGUCAUCCUCAUUGUAUCUUCAUAUCAUAUCCCUCCUACUGUAAUGCCCCAAAAUCCACCCUAG